AUGCCUCACACAACUGCAGAACAAUCCAAACCCCUCUGGGCGGAAACGCCUCUCAUCUACUCAUCCGACCUCUCGGACAACGUAGGCGCGUCUGUCUAUCUCAAACUCGAGAACCUACAACCUUCUCACUCAUUCAAAUACCGUGGAAUCUCCCACUUCAUCCAGAAGAAGUGGAAAGAGUACGGCGACAAAGUCCAUUUCGUCAUUUCGUCCGGUGGAAAUGCCGGGUUGGCUGCAGCAUGUGCUGCACGAAGAUACAAUUUGAGAUGUACGGUCUUCAUUCCCGAAGGCGUUGCACCUUCCACCCUGGCGUUAUUGAAACAGGAGAAGGCAGAAGUCGUCGUUGGCGGGAAGGUCUAUGCAGAGGCCGCCAAGGCUGCAGCAGAGAUGGCGGCCAGCGAUCCAAACGCGGUCGUGGUGCAGGCAUAUAACGACCCUAUCCUAUGGGAGGGCCAUGCUUCGAUGGUCAAGGAAAUGAAAGAACAGCUGCCUCGAAAGCCAGACGCUAUCUUUUGUAGUGUGGGUGGAGGUGGCCUGCUCGGCGGGGUUCUAGUUGGCUGUAAAGAAGUCGGCUGGGAAGAUGUCCCAAUCGUUGCCCUAGAGACAAACGGCUGCGACUGCUUCUACCACUCCAUGUCCAUGAACAACGGUAGAUUCAACAGCGAACGAAAGGAACUGCCGAAAGGAAUAGACAAGGUAUACGACCCAGUGCACAACGUCCACAUGGCGCACUUCCGAUCAUUCGAUUCCAAAGCCUCGAGUUCAUUAGGAGCAUCGCAACCAGCUGAAGCAGUUUUGAGAAUGGCACUGGACUGGAAGGGAGGAGUCAAAUCAAUCAGCGUGCCAGACGCCUUGAGCAUGCACGCUUGCGCGCAUUUUGCAAACAACCAAAAGAUGCUCGUGGAACUCGCAUGUUCGACCACCUUGGUCCCAGCCUACAACCGAGAGCUCUUCGACAAACUGGUCCCACCUCAAGCAUCCGGAGAGGACAGGGUCGUAGCUUUCAUCGUGUGCGGAGGAUUCAAAAUUUCCGUGGAUGAAGUCGCAGAAUACCAGAAAAUGGUGGACGAAGAUCCCAGAGGGUCCGGACAGACCUGGACCAUCCAUUACGAUGACGGAAGCCUCUUCACGUUUCCAAAGUGA